AUGGAGGAUCCUCCUUCGGCGGAAGGAGAAAACGGGUCAAACAACUAUACGAUCAACGAUCUUAAGGACUUUAUAAAAAAUCCGUUGACGAAGAUUGGUGCCAGCGCCGUCAAGGACGGUGUGAUUGUUCGCAAAGAAUGGAACGAAGGUAGCUGCGCGGCGGAGCAGCAGCGACUUUAUCGCUCGAUCAGAAACCACGUUGAUCCAAUCGCGAAAGACCUUUCGAAAGUUCUAGACAGCGGAAAUACGACGAUCAAAGCCUAUGAAGACGGCGCGAAAGCGACAACCGCUACAAUGACGACCACGAGCAAGGCGGCAGACUCGAUCGGUCGGAACUUUGAGACCAUAACCAAGAGUGCGACGGCCGAGCGCGUUGAUGAAAGUAUAAGCACCUUGAACAAAAAUAUCAACGGUGUCUGUAUCAUGGCAAACUCGAUGAUGUCUGGUAUACUCCAGGCCCUUGAAGAAGUGGUUAAGGAGGUACGCCUGAUUAACCACAACCUUGAGGGUAUCAAGGACGAGCUACGGGCAAAGAACAUCCUCGCCUCUUCGGGUGGCUCUGGACCGGAUGGCUUUGCACGUGUUGUUCACGGCUUUGUGCAAUUACAGAUGAGGAGACACAGUGGCGAUGACCAUAGAUUCUUUGUCUGGCACCCGGAUACUACAUGGCAUUGGCGCUUUCAGCAGCUGAUGGAAGAGGAACCGUUUCCUCCUACGUUCUGUGCGUACACAGAUGACCUUGAUUGUCUCUGUGCAUGCAUGAAAGCAGCCAGAGAAUCGUUGCCUAACGAUUCCAAAGUGACCUUCCAUCUGGUUAUUCCAGCAUGGUACGAGAUCCAAGUGAAGGUCCCGCUUCACUUUCCUGAUGAACUUCAGCCUUUGCGGAUAGUUGGACCAAAGCAUGGUGGAAAGGAAUUAGUCUCGUUCAACCUCCCUGCAGCAAACCCCAAUUUGCUUGACGAUGUUGCUAAUGCCCUAGACCCCCAAGGAUGUAAUAGCAAAGCAAACAUGGCAGCUGGAGCAACAUGGUUAAUAGGUGGUGCUUGGGGAGUCAAUGGGGCUUGCCUGGCAGCCGGUAUUGGUCUUGGUGGUGUGACUGGGCUAGGUAUGCUAAUAGCUGUGCCUGUGUGGUGGGGAUCGAUGGCUACGGUGGGUGCUCCUAUUACUUUUAAGGCUACUGAUGCUGUCGUGGAGAUGCUUCGCGAGGAACCAGCUCGAAUUUUGGGAUCAGACAGACGAUUACGUCAAGAAUAUGGUCUCCAUGGGUUAUAG